UUUUUGUUUAGUGACGGUGCUAUUAAUAUAAAGCAUAAAGUUGGGUAUGAACGAUGUCAGUCAGAACUCAGAACUCAGAACUCAGGAGGUAUAAGGGGGAGGUUCAGCAAUUUACCCUAGCUAGUUUCUUCUGCUUUUCACAAGAGAAUCACUUUCUGAUCAAGGAAAUCAAUCUGAAGAUAUGUCGAACGCCGGCGUCGGCGUCGGCCGCGGCCGUACCCACAUAUUGGUAUUCCCUUACCCUGCGCAGGGGCACUUGAUACCUCUUCUCGAUCUCACCGACCAGCUUGUCCGUCGGGAUUUAACCGUCACCAUAUUGGUUACCCCAAAAAACGUCCCCAUUUUGAACUCUCUUCUGUCCAGACAUCCUUCUACUUCCAUCCAAACUCUGGUCUUACCUUUCCCGUCUCAUCCGUCUUUACCCCUUGGCGUAGAGAACAUGAAGGACGCCCCAGAGGGCUCCUUCCGUCCUAUGAUGCUCACCUUGAAUAAACUUUAUCAUCCUAUCCUCCACUGGUUCCACUCUCAUCCUUCACCCCCUGUUGCCAUCAUCUCCGAUUUCUUUCUGGGGUGGACUCACCAUCUAGCCUGUCAGCUCGGCAUCCCUCGCAUCGUCUUCUAUACUUCCGGGGCUGUCAACUUAUCAGUGACCAAUUUCCUGUGGCGUGACCUACCCAAGAGAGAUGACCCCAACGAUCCCAAUUUCCCCUUUUCAUUCCCCAAAGUUCCAAACUCCCCGAUAUACCCCUGGUGGCAGCUUACCCCCAUCUAUCGCAGCUAUGUUCAGGGCGACCCAGAUUCAGAAUUCAUAAGAGAUGGCUUUCUAGCCAACUUGGCCAGUUGGGGAAUCGUUUUCAAUUCGUUCAACGAGUUAGAGGGCGUCUACUUGAAUCACAUCAGAGAGGAGUUAGGCCACCAUCGGAUUUGGGCGGUGGGGCCUCUGCUCCCUCCCGAUGACGAUCCAUCGAGCGAAAGGGGUGGAUCCAACUCCGUUGGAGCCGGCGACGUGAUGAGUUGGCUGGAUAAAUGUGAGGAUCAUACCGUGGUUUACGUGUGCUUUGGGAGUCAAGUGGUGUUGAGUAAUGAGCAGAUGGAGGCACUGGCCGCUGCGCUGGAGAUAAGCAGGUGUCGGUUCGUGUGGUGUGUGAAGGAGGCAAGCGGCGGCAGCACGGCGUCCACGGGGGGAGCUUCCGGUGUUGUUCCGUCAGGGUUUGAGGAGCGUGUGGGAGGGAGGGGGUUGGUGAUAAGGGGGUGGGCGCCACAGGUGUUGAUACUGAGGCAUCGGGCUGUAGGAGCGUUCUUGACUCACUGCGGGUGGAACUCGGUGCUUGAGGCACUGGUUGCGGGUGUGCCGAUGCUUGCGUGGCCCAUGGGCGCCGAUCAAUUUAUUAACGCAAGGCUACUGGUGGAGGAAAAGGGGAUGGCUGUGAAGCUCUGCGAGGGUAGGCAGGUCACCCCAAAUUCUACGGAGUUGGCUAAAACCAUUGCCGAGUCAGUGGGUGAUCAGGCCAAGAGUAUGCGAGUGAGAGCAAUGGAGACUCGUCAGGCAGCGCUACAUGCAAUCAAGCAAGGGGGUACUUCGUUCAAGGAUUUAGACGAAUUGGUAAAUGAAUUGAAUGGAUUAAAAUUUAAUAUAAAAUCGAGAGCCAAGUGACAAGUUGAAUUUUUACUGUUGUAUUAGUCCGACGAUUAGAAUUUUAUGCAAAAUAAUAUUAUGUUGUAUCCCAUACAUUACAUUACAUAUAUGGCUUUGUCCCAGGCCUUGGGUCCUCCUGCUUGAGAGUUGAGACUAGGCCGGGUUGGGUUUAAACCCACCGAACCAAGUUAGCCCGUUGUAACAAAUAAACCCCCCCAAACAUAAGAAAGUAAGAUAUCCAUAUGCAUUUCUCAUCAACCAAUUAAGGGGUGUUUGUAAUGCUGUUAGCAGUUGACCGGUUAUUAAUUCAAUUGUCUGACAUCAGGAUUUUCUGUUA